CGCUGCGGCGGCCUGGCCGAGCACUCGAGCGUGUUCUGUCCAGGGUCCAGCGGGUCCGGCGACUCCAGCGGCACUCCACUCGAAGAGAGAGGCGCGGCCCCAAACUGCGGUCGGCCUGCGCUGGAUGCGCUGUGCGGCACUUUAGCGUGUGGGCGCGGGUCGGCGAGGCGGGCGGCGGGGCGCGGAGCAGGCGCAGCACUCUCCAACGGUUAAGAUGAAGCACGCCCAGAACAAGACGGCCGUGGCGCUCAUCUCGCUGCAGGUCGUCCUGCUGCUGCUCUUCGCCAUCUUCACGCAGUACGACAAGGCGGCGCUGCCAUGGCCGCCCCAGAACGCCAACGGCACCAGCAUCGAGUACCACUACCCCAUGUUCCAGGACGUGCACGUCAUGAUCUUCGUCGGCUUCGGCUUCCUCAUGAUGUUCCUGCGCAAGUACGGCUACAGUGCCGUGGGCUUCACGCUGCUGCUCGGCGCCAUCAUGGUGCAGUGGGCCGCGCUCUGCCAGGGCUUCCUCAAGCUGGACCACGGCAAGAUCAACCUGUCGCUCGUCAGCCUCCUUAACGCCGACGUGGCCACCGCCGCCGUGCUCAUCUCCAUGGGCGCGGUGCUGGGCAAGACCACGCCGCUGCAGCUGGUGCUCAUGGGCUUCGUCGAGAUGGUGUUCUUCGCCGCCAACGAGUACCUCUCCUCGCACGUGCUGCAGGCCGUGGACCUGGGCGGCUCCAUGGUGGUGCACGUCUUCGGCGCCUACUUCGGCCUGGCCGUGAGCCGCGCGCUGGGCCGGCCGGCCGGCACCACGCAGGAGCGGUCCAGCUACACGUCGGACAUGUUCUCCAUGGUCGGCACCGUGUUCCUGUGGCUGUUCUGGCCCUCGUUCAACGGCGCCCUGGCGGUGGGUCCGGCCCGCCACCGGGCCGUCAUCAACACGUACCUGGCGCUGGCGUCGGGCUGCGUGGCGGCCUUCGCCGUGUCCUCGCUCUCGCAGCGCGGCGGCAAGUUCAACAUGGUGCACGUGCAGAACGCCACCCUGGCGGGCGGCGUGGCCAUGGGCACGGCGGCCGACCUCCUGGUGCAGCCCGUCGGCGCGCUCGUCGUCGGCUGCCUCGCCGGCGCUCUGUCCGUCGUGGGCUACGCGUACCUCCAGCCGUGGGUCCUGAGCCGCUUCAAGGUCCACGACACCUGCGGCGUGCACAACCUGCACGGCAUGCCGGGGGUCAUGGCCGCCAUCGUGGGCGCCGUCAUGGCCGCCUUCGCCACCGACGCGCAGAACGACUACGGCAACGCGCUGUACGUCCAGUUCCCGGCCAUGGCGCCGACGGACAAGGACGCCCUGGAGAAGCUCAUGUGGGAGGGGACGGUGCUCCUCAACCUGCAGCCCGGCCUGGGCCGCUCGGCCGGCAAGCAGGCCGCCUUCCAGCUCGCCUCCCUGUGCGCCACCCUCGUCGUGAGCCUGGCCAGCGGCACCCUCACCGGUUACGUGAUCCGCCAAAGCAAGCUGCUCCGCCAGGCGGGCAAGGAGGACCUCUUCGAGGACGGCCCGAACUGGGACGUCCCCGACGAGGAGAGCGGCGAGGCGCGGCCGGCCGCCACCGCCAUGGCCACGCUCCAGGUCGCCACCACGGCCAGGAUGGCCUCGGCCGCGUCCACGGAGGCAGCCGCCAACAGCAUCCCCUCGCUGGAGGCCGAGGCCCCCAAGGAGGAGGCCAACAAGUGGUGAUUCCGACCGG